ACAACGAUGGGGUAUGACAAACACUCCACAUGGAGGACAGUUCGCCGCAAAUGCACCACAAAGCCCAUAUAACACACGAAGUAGAUAGUGCAGUUUUAUUUAGAGAUUAAAUAUGACAUAUAGACGUUUUUUGUUUGACUAUAGCUUUUUUAAAAUCCCACAGUACUAGAAGGCAACACAAAGACGACUUGACGUUGCAUCCGGUUUUCUGAUUCAACAAGGAUCAGGAUCAACAGUAAUACUGGGCCAACGGGAGUUGUUUAAUAAACUCAAGUAACUAUACUUAACAAACUUUUACUGUACUUUUAAUGCCAAGCAGGGCCGAAUGAACACUCUGUUACGGCGAUGGAAGCUACGACAGCUUGCCACUUGGAGAGAUAUUCAUGUUGGGGCGCCAGUGGCGACCUUUGACCUGAGGAAGGUUGAAUUAACGCCUCUGGAACAGCGGAAGCUAACUUUUGACUCGCAGGCCAUGGUGACCGAGCUGGCAAGUAGCGGUUUCGACAAACACCAGGCUGAGCUCAUUGUUUCCGCUCUGGUGACUUUGACAACAGCCAACAUGGACAUUGUUUAUAAAGACAUGGUGACCAAGUCACACCAGGAAAUUGCCCUGCAGCAGAUCAUGGCCCACCUGGAUUCCAUCAGGAAGGACAUGGUGAUCCUGGAGAAGAGCGACUUUGCUAAUUUGCGAUCCGAGAACACGAAAAUGAAGCGGGAACUGGAGCAACUACAUAACCGAUUGAAGGAGGAGAGUCAGAAGGUGCGAGCGGAAACCAAACUGGACAUCAAUCUGGAGAGAAGCCGCAUCUCUGACAUGUUUACAGAGCAGGAGAAGAAGCUGAUGGAGGCGAGUACAGACUUCCAUCAAAAGAAAGCCAGCCUGGAUCACGACAACAUGGAGACCAGUAAGAAGAUGGACCUGCAGGUGGCUUCGCUCAAAACCGUUCUGGAGUCACUCAAGUUGGAGACCAUCCGUUAUCUUGCAGCAACCGUGUUCUCCUGCCUGGCCAUUGCUCUGGGGGUUUACCGGCUCUGGAGGUGAAGCACUGAAAGUGUGCAUGUCUACAUUACGUCUCACAAGAGAGACAAGAAAAAACUGUUGCUCAAUAUUUUUAUUUGAAAUGAAGGCUCCUUUUAUUACUGACACACGCUUUUAAAUAUGACAUGCACAAUAUUGUUGAGAAACUUGUGUUAUGUAUGCAAAGUAUGAAGA